CAAGCAAGGAUUCUCAUUAGGCCGCAUGGCAUACAUACAUCCUGGUUCAGGCGAUACAUUCUACCUUCGACACCUACUUACAAAGGUCGCGGAGCUCAGAGCUUUGUAGACCUGCGAACUGUGAACGGGGUCGUUUGUAGAAAUUUCCAAGCAGCUUGCCAAAAACUAGGCCUCCUUGCGGAUGAUGAUGAAUGGAUUUUAGUAAUUCGAGAAGUCGGACAAUGGGGAAUGUCGAAGUUGCUGCGCUAUCUGUUUGUCUGCAUGCUUAUGUUCUGUGAACUUGCAGAUCCAAGGACUCUUUUUGAGCAAACUUGGGACUUACUAUCCGAAGACAUUACAUAUCAGUGUCAAAAGGAGGCUCGGUUUAACAAUGCUUUGCUUCCCCCCGAACUUCCAAGAGAACUGUUGCUCCAUGAAUUACAGCGGCUACUCGAAACCUACUCAUCUUCCCUAUCCCACUUUGGCCUUCCACUUCCAACAUUCGAUGCUAGCCACUUGAAGCUUCCUUCACAGGUUGCCAGGGAAACUCCAUUGUCAUCGGCCCAAAUAGAAAGGCCUCCUGUGUUUUCAGACUUGAACCCGCAGCAAGCAACUGCCUUUGAAAAGAUUCUUUCCUCUGUCACAGGUGGAACUGGAACAUUCUACUUCUUAUAUGGCCAUGGUGGAACUGGGAAAACCUUCCUCUACAAAACAUUAGUUGCUGCUGUAAGUGAACUCAAUCGCAAAUGUGUGGUUGUUGCCUCUUCAGGAAUUGCUGCUACGCUCUUACCAAAUGCAGUCACGGCUCAUUCACGCUUCAAAAUCCCACUGGAUAUCGAUCAAACAUGUACGCAGCUCGCAAAAACACUUGCUGAAGCGGAUCUUAUAAUCUGGGAUGAGGCGCCGAUGAUCCAUAGACUAUCGUUCGAGGCUGUUGAUCGCACUUUGUGCGAUAUCAUGAAUGUUCCUUUCGCAGGUGAAGGGUACAGGCCAUUUGGAGGCAAAACCGUUUUGUUGGGGGGAUAUUUUCGCCAAACUCUUCCUGUUGUUCCGAAUGCAGGAAGAGAGGAAAGUGUAGAUUCCUCACUCACACGUUCACAUCUUUGGAAUUACUGUACUGUCCUCCAUCUGUCGACAAAUAUGAGGGUUACUUCAGACCUUCCUAACCAGCAGUUGACAUUUGAUGGUAUGUCUUUUGCUGACUGGACGCUUAGCAUUGGAAAUGGCCAGAUCCCUACUAAGAGCUUCAACAAAAACCAGCCUUCUGAUUGGAUUUCAAUACCAGAACCACUUUUGCUUCAGCCGGGUUCGCAUCCGACGUCAACAAUCUGUGACGAAAUUUACACUGAUUUUCAGGCAAAAAGCUACCGUGCUUCAUACCUAACCAGCAGGGCGAUUGUAACACCAACAAACAAAAAUGUUACCGACAUCAACAAGCAUAUGUUGCAGCAAGUUCCGGGCAAGGUACACACUUACUUUAGUGCCGACACGAUCCACUCAGAUUCGAAUGAUUGUGCCAGACUUGACGCUGAAUAUCCUACUGAGUUCCUGAACACAUUAUCUUUCAGUGGAUUCCCUGAUCAUGAUAUUAGCCUAAAAAUAUUCGCACCAAUUAUGUUACUACGAAACCUCAAUCCAGAUAUAGGUUUGUGUAAUGGUACAAGAAUCAUGGUGACGUACCUGUCCACUUAUGUAAUCAAGGGACUGAUCAUGGGUGGCACAUAUGAUGGGUCAGUAGUUGUCAUACCGAGAAUUAUUGUCAACAUAAAUGAUCAUAAUUGGCCUUUCGUGCUAAAGAGGAGACAGUUUCCUAAUUCGUCUUUGUUACGCCAUGACGAUCAACAAGAGUCAAGGACAAACAUUGGAUCGUGUGGGCGUCUUCCUUCCGAAGCCGGUGUUCAGCCAUGGGCAAUUAUAGGUUGUUGUUUCUAG